AUGAACCUACUUUCUAUACCUUUCGCACGGCUACGCAGAAUGCCACGCCGUUCCAACGCUAAUUCUGACGAAAGUCCAGUGACCAGACGUACUAGUGCUCGAAUUGCUGCUGCACAGGCAGCGUCCCCUGCCAAGUCUCCAGCUAAAUCUCCCCGUCGUAAACGGCAGUCUACUGAACCAGCUAAAACGGUUUCUGACGACACUGAGUCACAACAGUCGCAAGUUAAGAGUGAGAGUAGUAUGGAGGAGCUGAAUGGUAUCGAUACUAGUUCUGUAAAGGAUACUGAGCUAACUCAUGAUCUAGCGGAAAUACCUCACAAAAAAACCAAGGUUGAUAAGGAGUUAGACGAUGUGAAUAAGGACGAGUUACCGCCCUCUAAUAGUUUGGAAACAAAACAAGUUCCAGCCGCUUUGGAGUCAUGUAAUGAAACAGUAACAUGUGGCGCAGAAAGUGUCAAAAGGACGGAUCCUAAUGUAGAACCCUGUGUGAAUAACCUAAAUGGCAACUUUGGGUCCCAAGAGUCUAGCAAAGAUGAACCUUCAAAACCCAAUGGCACCGUACAUGUUGAAGCCCACCACAAAACUCCCGUUCCUAUUGAAGAACCAGUUAUCCAACCACUUGUUGCUCCGGUUACUGGAGAUAUUGUUCUCGAUGCUGUACCCGAAGUGAUUUCUCAGCAGUAA